AUGGCUGCAGAUAAACCCGGAGACCUGGGAGGACCUUGCUCAGAACAGACCGCAUGGAGAAGAGAAGUGAAGAGCGGCGCAGCCAUCUACGAAGCAAAUCGGAUAGCCGCUGCCAAAUCCAAAAGGGAGGAUCGUAAAUCACAAGUGCCUUGCCUCUUCAACGCCAACCGCUUCCAGCAUGCUCGCGCUGCCAACGCGCAUUUCGAGCAGAAAUUGGUCUCACGGGACAUCCUCGGACCCAGUAUGCCAACAAUCCGGCAACGUCUACUUCCCCCACUCUCGCCCCUCCCGCAAACCCCGCGCCGAUCGCUCCCCCCGUCACCGCCAAUCGCACUGCUGCUGCCCCGACGCCAUCAACCAUAG